CAUCCCACAUUCACCGAUGUAGUAGUAAUCUUUGCUUCCCCAACAUAUAUAUAUAUCGUGAUUGUUUCAGCCCAAAAAGGAAAUUAAACUUUGAGCUUUGAACACAGAUUUGGUUAUUGUCUAUUUGUGUGCUCAGUAUGGUGGGAAUCUUUUCGUUGGUUACAGGAAGACCGGGAUCUAGUGGAUUCGGAUCUUCCUCAACUGCUGAACAGGUUACUGAAGGAAUUGAUGCCAGCAACCUCACUGCAAUCAUCACAGGAGGAGCCAGUGGCAUAGGGUUGGAGACAGCACGUGUUCUGGCAAUUCGAAAGGCCCAUGUCAUAAUUGCUGCCAGAAACAUGGAGUCUGCAAAGGAAGCGAAACAACUCAUACUUGAGGAAGACGAGUCAGCUCGUGUGGACAUAAUGAAGCUCGACCUAUGCUCAGUGAAGUCUGUCGGAACCUUUGUGGACAACUUCAUUGCUCUUGGUGUUCCUCUUAACAUCUUAAUAAACAACGCGGGAGUCAUGUUCUGCCCUUAUCAGCAAACGGAAGAUGGGAUUGAGAUGCAGUUUGCAACCAAUCAUCUUGGUCAUUUUCUCUUGACGAAACUUCUUCUUGACAAGAUGAAACAAACCGCAAAAGACACUGGAAUUGAGGGCAGGAUCAUAAAUCUUUCAUCAAUUGCUCAUGUCUACACUUACGAAGAAGGAAUUCGAUUUGAUAACAUCAAUGAUGAAGAUGGAUACUCUGACAAGAAGGCCUAUGGACAGUCCAAGUUAGCCAACAUAUUACACACAAACGAGCUUUCUCGUCGCUUACAGGCAGAAGGUGUUAACAUCACGGCCAACUCAGUCCACCCAGGGGUGAUAAUGACUCCUCUCAUGAGACACUCUUCUUUACUUAUGAAUUUUCUGAAGAUGUUUACCUUUUUCGCAUGGAAGAACAUCCCUCAGGGAGCAGCCACAACGUGCUAUGUCGCUCUACACCCAAGCUUGAAAGGGGUAACGGGGAAGUACUUUCGGGAUUGUAAUGAGUGUCAACCAAGUACACAUGCUUCAAACGAACUCUUAGGAAGGAAACUGUGGGAUUUUAGCAACAAGAUGAUUAAUUCACUUUCAAAAGCUUGAUUGAUUGCACUAUAGUAUUAAUUAGUGCCAAAGCCUCGUCUUCCUCAUAUAUAUCAGUGUAUCAAAACUCGUUAAUUAUGCUUAAUAUACCCAUCCACCCUACAGUUAUAAUCAUAAGUUCUAUAUAUGAGGGAGGAUAUAUCAUUAUUUCUCAUAUGAUUCGUGGUUAUCGAUCCUUGACUCCAUUUGUAUUUUGUACGCGUAAUAUAGAGGUCUUAUUUAUGUAUCGGACA